AUGUUUUUCCCUAGCGUUGGAGCCGGCGCCUCGGGAGCAGCCCUCCCGACGCACAAGCCGAGCGCGGGAAAGGAUGAAGAUAUCACUGGAAAGUUCGAUCCCACUGCGCUGGAGCGCGGCGCGAAGGCCCUGAAGGAGCUCGACUCGUCGCCGAACGCAGCGAAGGCCUUCGAGGUCACGAAGCUUCAGGAGCAGACUAAGCAGAAGCAGCUUCAGAAGGAGAUGGAGGAGCUGGCAGCGGUUCGCAUGCGCGCGCAAGCUGAGCACGCCCGGACUGAGGCGGAGGAGCGGCGCAAGACAAUUAACCACGCGCAGGAGCAGGAGCGCGUCACCGCGCAGUACCGUGCGCAGUUGGAGGCCGAGGCCUACCAAAAGAAACUACAGGACCAGCAGAAACAGAACGAAGUCUGGCUCGAGCAGCAGCAUCAGCAGUUUCUGCGGCAGCAGGAGCUGCGCAAGCGUCAGGAGCAAGAGCUCUUGGAGAUGCGCCGGCAGCAGAUGCGCGAAGAGAAGGCGAUGGAGCGCGAAAUCAUGCGGGAGAAAAUCCAGGAAGAAACCAAGGGACGCAUCAAGCAGGAGAGAGAAAACAUCGACAUUCAUCUCCGCGAACUGCGCGCGAAGGCCGCGGAGUAUCGCAAGACGCGCAUGGACACGCUCCACACUGUCUUCUCAGGCGUCGGCAAUGCAUUCAACGAGCUCAUGAGCGAUCGCAGUCGCCUCGCGACUCUGGUUGGGAGUCUGACGGCCUUGGCAUGCGGUGUCUAUGGCGCGCGGACGGGAGCGCACCUUUUGGGGCGCUACUGGGAGUCGCGCCUCGGAAAGCCACCUCUCGUUCGCGAAACGUCGCGCUGGGUCUUCUCCAAAUCCUUUUUCAACCCGCUUCGUUUCAUCCGCGGCAAGGUGCAGAAGAAGGAUUUCCAGGAAAAAAUCGUUUUCGAAGAGGAGCUUGCAGAGAGGCUGCAGUGGACGACUAACUCUCUCAUCUCCGCCAAGGCAAACGGCACUCCUUUCCGCCACAUGCUUCUCUACGGAGCUCCCGGAACAGGAAAGACGCUCUUUGCUCGAACCCUCGCGCGCGAGUCUGGAAUGGACUACGCGAUCAUGACGGGCGGCGACGUGGGUCCACUUGGUCGAGACGGCCCCAGCGAGGUCAACAAAUUGUUUGCGUGGGCAGACAAGUCUCGCAAAGGCCUGCUGCUCUUCAUCGACGAGGCGGACGCCUUCCUGCGCCAGGGCCGCGGCAGCGCGAGCGCGAUGUCUGAAGACGCGCGGAACGCUAUCUCCGCCUUCCUGCACCACACCGGCACCGAGAGCGACAAGUUCUGCGUCGUCCUCGCCACCAACUGCCGCGAAAUCCUGGAUCGGGCCGUUCUAGAUCGCGUCGACGAGCAGUUUGAAUUCCCUUUGCCCGCCGUCGAGGAGCGGAAGCGCAUGCUGAAUCAGUUUCUGGAGGAGUACAUUUUCCGCACCACAAAGACGGGAAGGAAAAUAGUCGUUGACGAGAAGAUCGACGACGCCUUUGUGCAGGAAAUGGCAGAAAAAACCGAGGGAUUCUCAGGCCGGCAGCUCGCAAAGCUCGUGAUUGCCUUCCAGGCCGCAGUUUUCGGUUCCGGCACCAACACCUUGACCCGCGGCAUGGCAGAGACGGUCCUCUCGUGGAAGCUGGCGCACUUCGACCAGGACAUCGACACAAUCGAGCGCCGCUCUCGCGAGCAGAAGCUCGCCGACGCCUAG